GGCAGCAUAGAACUUGUUGUACCUAUGAUUUUGAUGAUUACAAAACACAUUUGAAUGACUAAUUGGUUUAUUUAAGUGUGUAGUUAAGUUGCUAAAAGAUUGCAAGUAAACUUGGAUGGCACUAAAAAUAGACCAAAAGGAUUCAAUGUGCAGAGAGCCGGCUCUUGAAAGCUGCAGCCGGCUCUGGUGAAAUGGAAUGCAGAAAGCCGGCUUUGGAAGCUGCAGCCGGCUCUACAGGCAAAAAUUUGAAGACCGUUGUUUGGCGCACGCGGAGAAAAGACGCAAAGCCGGCUCUGGCUUUGCAGCAGGCUGUGAGGGUGCAUUUAAUGCCCAACGGUCGAGUCAUUUGAAGAUUAUUAAUGUAUUUAAAGUCGGAGUUGCAAAGCCGGCUCAAAGUUGUGCAGCCGGCUCUCGAGGAAAACAGAAUGUGCUGCAGACCCGGAUAGCCGGCUCUGGAAAUGGAAGAAUUUUUGGAACUCCAAUUCACCCCCCCUCUUGGAGUACAUUGAGUCAACAGAACUCAUGGCCAAUCUAUCAGCUUGAUGUGAAAUCUGCCUUCUUGCAUGGAAAUCUGCAAGAACAGGUAUUUAUUGAUCAACCUCCUGGUUAUGUGAAAUCUGGUUCUGAGCAUAAGGAAGUUCUGGAUAGAUUUCAAAUGAAGAACUGCAAUUCUGUCACUACACCAGUUGAUAAAGGUGUAAAGCUCGUGAAAGAUCUAAGAGGCAGAUCUGUGGACAGCAAACUGUAUAACCAGAUUGUUGGAAGUCUGAUGUAUCUGACAACAACAAGACCAGAUAUAAUGCAUGGUAUUUUGGGCUAUUCUACAAGAAGGGUGACUAGACAGAUCUCGCAGGCUUUACAGACAGUGAUUAUGCUGGAGAUCUGGAUGACAGAAAAGCACUUCUGGCCUGUCAAGAAACAUCCUCCAUGCAAAGAAGCCGAUUCUUCCUAGUAGAAAUUGGUUCCAUAUUGCGUCGCACACAUCUGCAUCAAGAAUUCUCUGACUUGAAAGCAUCAAAGCAUCAGCUUUUUUAGAAGUAUAUAGUUCGUCUUUAUCAAAUUUCCAAAUUCUUCUGCCCUUUUUCUCCUUAACCAAACCAGCAGAGCUAAUUAGCUCCACCAAUUUCUGCUUCUCAUCAUAGUCCCUACCAAAUAAAUUCCUCCUCUAUUU